AGGUUUUCCGCGCACCUCCAGAACACAGUCGACCUUGCUGAGUCUACAACUCUACAAGAAAUUGGGGAAAAGGUUCCCUCACACCUCCAGAACAGGAGACCAAGGUCAACAGCAACUUCGCCAUGCUUAUAAUUGCUUCUGUUUUGUUUGGUGACGAUCGUCCAGACCCAGACACAGUGCGCUCACUCCUUGGCUUUCAUUUCCUGUGACCCCACUGUCGUUCCCAACCCUGACACUCCCUGCAAAAGAUGUCAGCAUCCAGGACCAGAAGGGAAUUGGUUUUGUUUGUCCUGUAAGGACAUCUUCUGUUGUACUAGUGUGAGUGGACAUUUUAUUCAGCAUUAUGAGAAGACAAAGCAUUGUCUUUGUGUCAACUGCAGCACAAAAUCAAUUUACUGUUGCUCCUGUGGUGAAACUCUAGAUGCGCAAGUGAUCCAACAAUUAUGGGUCAAGGGUCGAUCCACUUCAUCCAAGCUAGAGAGCAUUGAUGUAAUGAUUGUUGAUGUUAUUGAUCUCUUGUCUAAACCGUUUCCUAGCAUCAAUGUUCAUCCACAGUUGGAUGCUCAGUCAUUUGCAGGCCAGGAUGAACUUGCAUUGGCUAAGGAGGGACUGCAAAAGAUCUUUGAUAACGGGUUAAUAGCUGUAGCUGAUCCCAAAGUGCAAGAAAAGUUUCUCCUUUACUCAGCCACAUUGCUAUCAGCCGAGUCAUGCCCCUCAGAAUUGAAGGUUAACCUCUCAUCAUUCAGAUGCAAUCUUCCGGAGGAAACCUCUGCUUUCAUCAAGGCUCAAGAUGAGUUGAAGUUGGCCUCAGGCUUAUCAGCCUCAAUCACUCAGAAGAAGUUUGUGGUGAGGCAACAAAAUUCAAAGUGUGAUGAGGUGAAGAAAGAAAUUCUCACCUCGGACGAGAAAGUUGCCAACUUCAAGGCCAUGAUCAAAGAGUUGGAAGCACAAAUAAAAAGUUUGGAAGCUUGUUUAGCCACAGAAGAGAGCAACAGAGCAAAGAUUGAUGAAGCUAUCGAUUCCAUUGAGAAACAAGUCACCACCGCGAGAGAUGGAUUGGUCUCGGACUUGGCACAUGUGUCUUCCAUGGAAGGAUCGACCCAAGCAGCUAACGAGUUAGUAGCUCGAAAACAGUCGGACUGGGAUAACCUGAAGCUUAGUUUUACUAAGUUUGCAUGAUGCACUUGGCCUAAUUAAGCUGUUGUUUGUAUUUUGGUGGGAUAACCACAAGUGUCUACAUGAAUUCUGUGCACGUUCCAACUUCCAUCUCUUUCAAAUUUCAAUGCAUUGAAAAAAAAAACAAAAAGAAGAAGAAGAAGCCUUCAGAAUCUAAGUGGUCACCUCACAAUAACGAAAGCAGGUUUUGAUAUAGUUUGUCAAAGCGUCAAACAGAUGGGUUGUGCAUCUGAGUUCUGAUUAUUGACAAGUAUGAAUAUAAGAAGACACAGCUUGCAAACAAAGGUAUACUGCUAUACUUUGCAUGCAAACAAAGGUAUACUUUCCUUGCAAACAACUUUAUACUUUGUAACUUUGUUCACCAUCAAACAAAGUUCAGGUGUGAGUCUAUAAUUUGGCCACUUUGAUUUCCUUCAAACCUCCAGAACAGCAAGGUAAACUGCAACUUGGCCAUGAGCCAGAAACAGUGCGAUCAUCACUCGGCUUUUUUGUCCUGUGAUCUCACUGGCGUUCCCAGCCCUGACACUCCUUGCAAAAGAUGUCAGCAUCCCAAGAAUAAUUGGUUUUGUUUGUCCUGUAAGGACGUCCUCUGUAGUCCUGGUGUUAAGGGACAUAUUGGUGAGCAUUAUGAUGAGACAAAGCACUGUCUUUGUGUCAACUGCAGUUCCCAAGUAAUUUGGUGUUUCCCCUGCCGUAAAAUAUUAGAUGCGCAAGUGAUCCAACAAUUAUGGGCCAAGCAGAGUCGAUCAUCUUCAGCCAAGCUCGAGAGCAUUGAUGCAAUGGUUGUUGAUGUUAGUGAUCUCUUGUCCAAGCCAUUUCCUACCAUCAAUGUUCAUCCACAGUUGGAUGCUCGGUUGUUUGUUGGCCAGGAUGAGCUUGCCUUGGCUAAGGAGGGACUUCGGAAUGUCUUUGAUCGCGGGUUAAAAGCUCUAGCUGAUCCCAAGGUGCAAGAAGAGUUUCUCCUUUACUCAGCCAUGCUGCUAUCAGCCGAGUCAUGCCCAUCAGAAUUGAAGGUUAACCUUUCAUCAUUCAGAUGUAAUCUUUCGGAAGAAACCUCUGCUUUCAUUAGAGCUCAAGCUGAGCUGAAGGUGGCCUCAGAGUUAUCAGCCUCGAUUACCCAGAAGUUGAUUGUGGUGAGGCAACAAACUUCGAAGUAUGAUGAGGUAAAGAAAGAAAUGAUUGCCUCGGACGAGAAAGUUGCCAACUAUAAGUCCACGAUCAAAGAGUUGGAGGCACAAAUCAAAGAGUUGGAGGCACAAAUCAAAGGGUUGGAAGCUUGUUUAGCCACAGAAGUGAGCAACAGGAAAAAGAUUGAUGGGGUUAUCGAUUCGAUCGAGACACAAGUCACCACAGCGAGGGAUGGACUGGUCUCGGACUUGGCACGAGUGUCUUCCAUGGAGGGAACGACCCAAGCAGCUUACCAGUUAGUAACUCAAAAACAGUCGCACUGGGAUAAACUAAAGAUUAUGUUUACUAGGUUUGCAAUUGCAAACGCCACCAUGAGUCGACAUCCCAGUGUGAAGUGGGCUCAGCAGCCUGAUACGCUUUACAUCACUAUUGAGUUGCGUGAUGCCCAGGAUGUAAGGCUUAAACUGGAGCCUGAAGGAAAGUUUCUAUUCUCUGCUACCACUGGAGCAGAAAUGACACCCUACAUAGUUGAUCUUGAUCUCUAUGACAAGAUUGAUGUAAAUGAGAGUAGGUAUAGUGUUGGCUCGAGAAAUAUCUGUCACCUAGUGAAAAAAGCUGAAAAUAAAUGGUGGAGCAGAUUGAUAAAACAAGAAGGACAAGCUCCUGGGUUCUUGAAAGUUGAUUGGGAUAAUUGGGGAGAUGAGCAAGUCUAUGAAUGAAUGAAAGAGCCUUAAUGCUCACUCAUGGAAUAAAAAGUCUAAAGCUCAUAUAUGCUUAUUCUAUAAUAGUCAAAGUAACUUAUUGCCUUAAUGAGCAAUAUAACAAGACUACGUAAAAAAAACGAAUUCGAAUAAUAAUGCUCAUAAUGUUGUAAUAUAUUCUAACUUUCGCGAAGUUAUGAAUCUAGAGUUUUUAUUGAAUCUAUAUGAAAUUAUCAAUUACACAAAUUGAUAUUUAUGGCUUAGUAUGCCAUACUUAUAUUUUACU